AGUGACUGCUGCUGCUUACUAGUUGCUCCAGCGGACAGAUAGUUAGAAGCCCACCAUCCCCAAUUGAAAAAAAGAAGCAGGACAUGGAUUUGAAUACCACCACCACCACCACUUCCAUCUCCGGCUGCCCUGCCCAGCCCAUGGAUUUAGCCGUAGCUGCUACUGCUACACCAUGGCACGUUUCCUGAAUAUAUACUCCUACUGAUAUAAAAUCCCAGGCAGGCUUUGGAAGUUGACUGAGAUUUAUACAUAGUAAUUUUCUUUUAUAUUUAUUAGUAUUAGCAGUCCCCCAAUCCACACCCCAAUAUAGUACUAGUAGUAGUAGUUCGGUGGAGCCGCAGACGGAAUUUCCCAGAACGGUCGCAAUUCUCAAUUGGAAUUAAGCUGCUUCUACUUCCUACUUCUCUACAUCCAACUCCACCUCAUAAUCCACACGACUCCUGUCCUCGGAUCUUUGGCUAAUUAUAUAAUAUUCUACUCUAGUUGUUUCGCAAUUCGGUACACAAAACAACUGCUGAUACUAGUAUGAUACUGGUGGCCAUAGUGGCGGAGCUGUUGGAGGAGUACACGGUGUUGGUGGCUAGGGUGCUGGAGCAUAUGUUCAACCAGGCUCCCCUCCCCUUCCCUCCGCGGGUUCGUUUUCUCAUUCUCCGUAAUCUUCCCUUUGCUUCUUCUUCUCCUUCUCUUCCUCCGCCUCCGCCUCCCCCUCCUCCUCGUGCUUCUCGCGACAUCACAUGCCCUCUUCCUCAGUCCUGAUCCAUGCACACUUUUCGUACUAGAAUCCAUCCGUCAACUAAUAAGAUCCUGCAAGCCCAAUGUUAGCCCCCGGCCUCCCUCUUAUUCUGUUUUAGCAAUUUUCAAAUAUUUUUCUUUCUUUUUCGUUUUCCUUUUCUCUUUUAUGUAUAUUACAUAUAUCUAGCUGCUAGCCUCCUAGAAUUUGAUUACUAGUACUACUAUUACAGAGAUCUGUAUAUGAAAUUGUGGUUUUUUUUUUCCUUUUUGUACAUGUAAGAAUGCAUGUUCCCCCUGAAUAAAAAAAAAAUGCAUG